AUGAAACUUAAAAGUGAAUUAAGCUCAGCAAUAGAUAAGCAUUGCAUUCAGAGCAUUCACCGACCGUUGGAUUACGAAGAUCCAACGCAACGCCAAGGUUUUACUCUUGGUAUUCGUGUUUAUGAUGGACGAUAUUAUGCAACAACCAAAUUAUUCAUCAAAUUACUUGACUGCAACGAUAAUCCACCAGUUAUCAAUGGUCCGCAAUUUGCUGAAUUACCAGAAAAUUCAAGACGUGGCAAACAAAUUGCCCGGUUUACAGUUCAAGAUGCCGAUGCAAAUGACACAGCAUUGCUUAUUCUCAUUGCAUUGUUAUGUACAUGGGUAGUAGUAGAAGCUCAAGAGCUAUCACACCUUCUUCUUGGUUCUUAUCCUGGUCAAUCACGAUUUCUGAAUUUUGCUGGUAAAAGUCAGCGGGAUAUUGUAGUAAGACUUACCAAAAAUUUAACAGAAGAUACACCUGUAGGCACACUGAUAGCAACAUUUCGUGCCGAAGAUAAGGAUUCAAUGACUCAUAAUUUGACGUAA